UGCAAAUUCCAAGAUAAUGUCAAGGGGGGAAAAGAAAAGGAGGAAGGGAAAGGAAACUCCGGUAAGGCCAAAACCAGGGGCAGCCCGCUCAUCGCAGCUGUUUCACAAUCCGGUCCUCCCCCAGGCAGUCUCGGAUCUUCUGCGGGGAGAUAGACCCCAGAAGGGCUUAACAGGGCACACGCCUGGGCGCACGGGAUCCGGGGCGGUUUCGCGGGCCUGUGGGCUCCCACCGUUGGUUGAAGGGUGCGACGCGCGGAGGCGGCCGCACGGGCGAAACCGGCGGCGCGGCCGAUCACCCACACAGCUCCGCUCCCCCAAUAAAAGUCCCACCCCGCGGCCGGUUCCUUUCGGCGCAGCGUACGAGAGCAGUGGAGAGCGAGCGAGGGUACAAGUGGUGGUUGAGGCUUUUGAGAUCGGUGGUUUGUCGAUGGAGAGAGGCGACGGAGGGGGGAUGGCGCCGCGGGGCGGCGGCGUGGUGGGGUCAGCGGCAAUGCUGGGGCUGGACAUGCACCUCGCGGCGCACCCUCAGCAGAUGCUCCCCGCCGCGUUCCAGCAGCAACCGGACCACCACCACAGCGGCGGUUUCCAGCUCCAGCAGCCGGAGCCUGUGAGGCAGCAGCAGCCGUCAUCGUUCUCGCCAUACUCCACGUCGUCGUCGAGGGCGGGACACGACGAGGAGAUGAUGCUGGGAAACGGCUGCGGCGGGAAGGGAGUGGUGCAGCAGCAGCAGGCGGGGUGCCCGUGGACCAGGAUGAAGUGGACGGACGCCAUGGUGCGGCUGCUCAUCAGGGUGGUGUACAGCGUCGGAGACGACGGGGAGGGCAUGGCAGCGGCUGGCGGUGGUGGUGGAAGCAAGGCGGCGGCGGGGCACGGGAAGUCGGGCUCGUCCACGGCGCACGGGCACGCCGCGGCGCAGCAGCAGAAGAAGGGCAAGUGGAAGUCGGUGUCGCGCGCCAUGAUGGACAAGGGCUUCCUGGUGUCGCCGCAGCAGUGCGAGGACAAGUUCAACGACCUCAACAAGCGGUACAAGCGCGUCGUCGACCUGCUCGGUCGCGGCCGGGCGUGCCGGGUGGUCGAGAACCACGCGCUGCUCGACGCCAUCGACGAGCUCACGCCCAAGGCCAAGGAGGAGGCGCGCAAGCUGCUCAGCUCCAAGCACCUCUUCUUCCGCGAGAUGUGCGCGUACCACAACAGCGGCGCGGCCGGCUCGUCGCACGUGGCGCCGCACGCCGCCGCCGCGGCGGGCGAUGCCGCCUGCCUCCACCAUCCGCCGCCAGCGCCCGUGGCUGCCGCCUCGUCCGCCGCUCAUCGCCAGGCGCAUGCGGCUCCGUCGAUGAAGGAUUCCUCCGCCGACGCGGGAGAAGACGACGACGACAGCGAGGACGCCGUGAGCAACAACGAGGAGGAUGACGAGGACGACUACGACAAUGACGAUGACGGCCACAUGUACCACCGCCUCCAACACCACAACGGCGGCGGGCGCGGCAAGCGCGGGCGUGGUGCCGGCGACGGCGCGGCGGGGGAUGACCUCGAGGACGAGCUGGAGGGCGGUGGGAAGCGCGCGAGGACGGCAUCGGACCAGCCGUCGGCUAUGGUGCAGCAGCUGCAGAGCGAGCUGGCGUCCGCGAGAGCGGCGAUAACAGACCCGCAGCAGAUGCGGUGCUGGAUGCGCCGUCGCGCAGUGGAGGUGGAAGAGCAGCAGGUGGCCCUGGAGCGCCGCGCAUACCAGCUGGAGCGGCAGCGGCUCAAGUGGGAGCGGUUCCGCGCCAACAAGGAGCGCGACAUGGAGCGAGCGCGCCUCCUGAACGACCGCCUCCGCAUCGACGGCCGCCGCAUGCUGCUUAUGCUCCGACACAGGGACCUCGAGCUCGAUAUCGCCGAGGCCAACUCGUCCUCCGUCGACCACCAACCCGGCGCGCUGCCGCUCGCCGCGCACCAGCAGCAGCAGAUUGGCUCCAGCCCCUCCACCGCCGGCCACCCCAACUAGCAUCAUGCCACUCUUGGUAGCAGUAGCGCUUCCGUACCUUUCUACUCUUGGUAGCAGUAGCACUUCUUUUUAGGAAAGAAAGCUUUAGUACUAGUGUUACUGUAUUAGUAACUGUUGAUCGAUAAAAAUUUAAAAUUAGAUCACAUAUAUAAGCGUAUUUAUUAAAAUAAAUAAUAUGUAGUCGUAUU